AUGGCACCAUCGGUCAAGAACAACUCUACCCUAAAGGCAUUGAAGGCUCAGUUGAAAGGCAUCCAGUCUUCACUCAACGAUAUAUCUCGAUUCGUGGAGCAGUUCAAGGAAGACACUUCUGUUACACAAAUAACUAUACGCUUAGAUAGGAUAGAUAGCUUGUGGGAAAAAUACUCGGAAACUUUGGUAUCUAUUUUGGGUCAUGCGCAGUUUGAGGAGGAAGAGGAUGAAUACGAAAGGAAGAGGGAGAAGGAUAGUGAUCGUUUCUACGAAAUGAAAUCGUUUCUUCUUGAUAAGGCGAGAGAACGUCAGCCUGCAUUAGAACAUAACCAAUCUAUUCGUGACGUGUCUAUGCUUGGAGGGCUAGAUCAUGUCCGGUUGCCACAAAUUAAAUUACAGUCUUUUAACGGAGAGAUGGAACUUCCGGAGGUAGAGAAAUUCCACUACCUUAAGGGCUGUCUACAAGGGGAGCCAAAAAAUUUAAUUGAUCCGUUGCCAUUAACCGAAGCGAAUUAUCAAGUUGCCUGGAAUACGUUAUUGAAAAGGUACGAUAACAGUAAGGUGCUGAGAAAACGACAAAUUCAAGCACUAUUUAAACUGCCAGCACUUCAACGUGAAUCAGUGGGAGAAUUGCACAAUCUCCUUGAAGGAUUCGAGAGGAUAGUGCAAACCCUUGAUCAGGUUGUUCAGCCUCGCGACUAUAAGGAUCUGCUUCUCGUAAAUUUUCUCACCACAAGGAUGGAUCCGGUGACUCGCAGGAGUUGGGAAGAGCAAUCGGCUAACAAGGACCAGGAUACGGUGAAAGAUAUUACGGAAUUCCUCCACAGGCGGUUAAGAAUACUGGAAUCCAUGCCGCCGAAGGCAAUGGAGAGGAAUACUCAUCAAUUACAAGUUUCGUCAAAGGUGAAAUCUACGGCUGUAAGGACGAGCUACAAUCUGGUGCAGAGCUCUGCUGGAAAUUGUGUGAUUUGCAAGGAUAAUCACAUGUUGUACCAGUGCUCUAGAUUUCAAAGGCUAUCGGUGAUGGAACGGGAUUCAGUUUUGAAGGCCAAUGGUCUGUGUCGUAACUGUUUUAAGGUUGGUCAUCAGGCAAGGGAUUGUCAAUCAAGAUAUUCCUGCAGGAAAUGUCAACGUAGGCAUCAUACUCUUGUAUGCUUCAGAUCGGAUAAUGACGUGAGAGUUGGAACACAUCCUAAGCCUAGCAACUUUUCAAAUCCUAAGGAACCUAAAGGAUCAUCAAGCAACGCAAGUUCUUCUCAAGUCGCUGAAGUGGCAGCCUCUGACGUUGUGGCAUCUAACGUGGCUAAUCAGAUCUCUUCUCAAGUCCUGCUAGCAACAGCAAUUAUUCUUCUUGAAGACGAGGACGGUAAUCGGUUUGUAGCUAGAGCACUUCUAGAUUCAGGUUCGGAAAGUAAUUUUAUUACUCAAUCAUUGUGUCAACGGAUGAGAGUACAUCGAAGCACAGUAGACGUUUCUGUUAUGGGUAUUGGCGAAUCUGCGUCUAAGGUCAAACAUCGCAUCGAGACAAUGGUAUUAUCGCGAAACACCGAAUUUUCGCGGAAGAUGGAGUUUUUGGUUCUCCCCAAGGUAACGGUUAACCUGCCGACGACAAGAGUCAGUACAGAAGGAUGGUCCAUCCCAACCGGAUUUACAUUAGCGGAUCCUUCCUUCUUUCAACCUAACGCAGUAGAUGUUGUCCUAGGCAUUGAAUCGUUCUUCGACUUUUUUCAUACUGGUCGUACAGUUUCGUUAGGAGAACACCUACCAACACUCACUGAAACGGUGUUCGGCUGGGUAAUAGGCGGCGGUGUCUCAAGUAUGCAGCAUUCUUUGCGAAUCAACUGUCAUGUCUCAUCAAGCUGCAAAUUAGAAACGUUGGUCGAACGGUUUUGGGAGUGUGAGGAGUUGGAUUCUACCAAAACGUAUUCCAAGGAGGAACAAAUGUGCGAAAAAAUAUUUGAAGAAACGGUGAAACGCACUUCAGAAGGUCGUUACGUAGUUGCAUUACCACAGAUCGAUCAUAUGGUUCAACGGCUUGGCGAAUCAAGAGAGAUAGCGUAUCGGCGACUCCAGGCUACCGAGCGUCGACUAGCGAGAAAUGCCAUGUUAUGCAAGCAGUAUUACAGCUUUAUGGAAGAAUACUUAAGGCUAGGGCAUAUGCAGAAGGUUUCAGAUCAAAAUCCAUGUGAUCGAAGCUAUCUCCCUCAUCAUCCUGUUGUGAAAGAAGCGAGUACGACAACAAAGGUUAGGGUGGUUUUUGACGCUUCUUGUAGAACAUCCACAGGAGUUGCGCUCAACGAUUGCCUGUUGUCCGGACCAACUAUUCAGGAGGAUCUUCGUUCCAUUAUUUUACGAUGCCGUAUGAAGUAUAUCAUGAUGGUGGCAGACGUAGAGAAAAUGUUUCGGCAAAUUCUCGUACGUCAGGAAGACAGACAUCUCCAGUGUAUCCUGUGGCGUUCGUCACCAGCUGCGGAUGUUAACGUAUACGAGCUUUGUACCGUCACGUAUGGGACAAAGUCAGCACCGUUUUUGGCAACUCGAACGUUACACCAAUUGGCACAGGACGAAGAACAUCGCUUCCCAUUAGCAGCAAAAGCGAUUCACAAGGAUACUUAUGUCGACGACGUAUUGAGUGGCGUUAACAGCGUUCAGGAGGCACUAGAACUGCGACUGCAACUAGAAGGGCUAUUAAGUAGCGGAGGAUUUAGGCUAAGAAAGUGGGCUUCGAACUGUCAAGAAGCCCUAGACGGUAUUGCAGAAGAAAACUUGGCCCUUCAUACCAAAAACAGUAAUGGUUUGGACCCAGACCCGUGGGUGAAAAUCCUAGGAUUGUCUUGGAUACCUAAAACAGAUUGCUUCAAAUUCGAUUUCACAUUCCCCAUCAUAGAAGAGACCGCAGAGCUUUCCAAGCGGCAGAUUUUAUCUGUUAUCGCUAUGCUAUUCGAUCCGCUAGGCUUGAUCGGUGCUGUCAUCACUACCGCGAAGGUUCUGAUGCAGCUGUUGUGGACAUUAACGGAUGAAGCAGGCCAACGGCUUAAUUGGGACCAACCAAUACCUUCAACGGAUCAUGAGGAGGCGGUUGACAAAUAUUGUAGCAAUGAAGGCAUGCAGUGGCGAUUUAUUCCUCCGCGUUCACCUCAUUUUGGGGGCCUUUGGGAGGCAGCAGUACGCUCCUCCAAACAUCAUCUGCUGAAGGUUUUAGGAGAGAAUCCUGAAUCACCAGAAGACCUCAUUACCUUACUGACACAAAUAGAAGCAUGCUUGAACUCGCGACCUCUGACUGCGAUGUCAGAUGACCCAAACGACAUGGAGCCAUUAACCCCCGCUCACUUCCUGAUCGGGUCAUCGCUUCAGGCAAUCCCGGAUCUGAAUUAUGAAAAUGUUCCUGCCAAUCGUCUUCGCAAUAUGCAGCGAAUGCAGCAGAAGGUGCAAUUGUUUUGGAGAAGAUGGCGCAGAGAAUACCUGCACACAUUGCAGGCUCGUACCAAACGGUGGAAGCCACCAAUUCAUGUCAAAAUCGGUCAGCUUGUGGUCAUCCAAGAUGAUAAUCAAUCGCCGUCACAUUGGAAAAUGGGACGAAUUUGUGAACUGCAUCCUGGAUCCGAUGGAGUCGUAAGAGUAGUAACUUUAAGGACUGCUACCGGCUUGCUAAAAAGAGCAGUGGAAAAGCUUUGCUUGCUACCAUACAUGGAUCACGAGGAGGACUCCGAACUAGAAAUUUGA